GAACACUGAUCGUUCUUGAUAUUUUAAAUAUUCAUUUUAAUAUGAUGAAGAGACUAGCUUUUCUGCUUACACUUUCCAGCACUUAAACUCAAUGUGAGUACGUGAUAACCAGAACUGUUGGAAGAUGAACAACUUUUUAGAAAGUGUCCCUUCCAAUUUCAUGAAUAACAAUAAUAUUAGCACUAGUAUUUCGCCAAAUUUAUCGUUACUUCGUAAGUCCAAAACACUUAUAUCAAAUGAGAAUGAAUCAUAUUUUAUGGAGAAACGGAAAAACAAAACUUCUAUUAAUCGACACGAUAAGGGGGCCAGACGCCUAGCCUUGUUUAUUCAACAUUUUAAAAGACGUGCAAAAUCUGCAGACCCAUCCAGUGAAGCAGUCUAUUAUGGUGCUGUAGAAUCAAGGAACAAUUUAAAUACAAAUAAGAACGCAUUACACGUUAAUCAUCCAUAUACUGAAACAUUGUGUCAGUCUAAAACAAAUAUUUAUGGCAUAAACCAGAAAGCUAAUAGUCGCAAUUAUUCAGUUCAAGCAACAUCACCUACCGUCCCUGCAAAUAAUUCUCAUUUAUCUUCCGGGAUGUCGAUUUCGGCUUAUGAAACGAACAAUCUGAUAAAUUCACAACAAAUAGAAUCACAAACGUAUCACAGACCUAGACCAGCAUCAUUCCAUCCUUCAAGUCAAAUAUUAACUUAUCAUAAUCCAUGCUCUUAUCUAAAUAAUUCAGUUCUAUCUCCCAAUGAAGAUAAUUGUAAUCACAUUUCACCAUAUUCAUAUUGUCGAAUUGAUAAUUCACUUUACAUGGAACCUAAUCAUCAAACUGUUAAUAAUGUAAUAAUGUAUGAUUCUAUUUACGACUAUCCACCUAAUCUAUCACCUUAUCCUUGUCCUACAUUCAUACCCUCUGAAGACAUUACACCAACAAAUGAAAAUGUGAAUCUUUUCCCAACGAAUACACAAUCAAGAAUCCGUCCAACAUCGGUAGAUUUUUAUCGUCUACGUAAAAUGCAUCAAAGUAUGAAACAACUUUUUUCAUUCAAUGGGAAGAAAGCAAAUAUCACUGAACAGCCUUUAUGUAAUACAAGACAGUUGGAAGAAAAUAAUAUAAAACGUUCUUCAUUUACUGAAAAUAGUCAAUCAGAGUUACCUGUUAUCAGUGUUAAUGAUAAUGUAGCCCGUAUAUCGUUAACUGACUCGUCAAACAGAAACUUAAAAAGAACAAUUCUACGUUCUUUCAGCUGUAAUCCUAGGUCUAAUUAUGAUCAUAGACGAAAAGUUAAAUCACAUUCAUUAAAAUCAGAGAAUGUCACUGUGGAUAAUUACGAUAAGACGACUGAAUUAAAUAAUAAUUCUAGUUUGACUAAAAAUGAUGCACAAAGUCAGUUACACGUUAUUAGCUCUCUCAGGACUGAACCUGUUAAUUAUAUUACAAUAUCUUCUACAGACGAUAAAAAACCACGUCAAGUAAAUUCAAGAUUUAGUAUGAUGAAAUCAUCAUCUAUUUGUCAAGUUUCAACUUGUCAUAAUAUACCGAAAUUAUCUACUCCAACUAUACAGAGUGAAAAUACAAAAAUGAUGGAAUUCAUGAAUCAUAACUGUGCUAACGACAUGACCAAAACUACACAGACAUCUUUCCUUAAUGCUAGAUGUACAACAACAACAACAACAACAACUACUACUGCUCCUGUUCAAGCAUUGUUUGUUACUACUUCAAGUAUCCCACUGCCAUUGUCAUCAACAGCAACAACAUUUACAGGAUGCCUGGUAGAUAGCACUAAGUUUAAUUUGAAUUAUAAUAAUAGUAAUUUAUUACAAUCAUCAUCCUCUUCUAAUACACUAGUCAGUCAUAACAAAUAUUUACAUUAUUCCAAAAAAAGUGAUAGAAAUCACAGUGACCAUGCGACUUUAUCAACGUAUCAAUCUCAUCAAAUUUUUGAUAAUAAUAAAUGGAACAACAAUCGGAGCAGUAAUAACAGCAACAACAUAGAAAACAACAGGAAAACGAAACAUGUAAUUUCUCUAUCAGAUUAUUUAUCAAAUACAGAAAAUUCAACUUUUGAUAAAAACACAAUGGCGAAUAAUACAACAAGGCUAAAUAUUUUCAAUACAUUAUCACCGAUGUCUGAUAAUUCUGGCAAUCCAAAUAGUUUUAUGUCAUCGUCUUUAUUUGAACCGGAAAUUAAUGGUACUAAUGAUUGUUUUCCGCUGAGUAGAAGUGAUACUUUCUCACAUCUCAAAGAAUUUCCAGAGAGAUCAAAAAAAGUGGGUUAUACAGAAGAUCAUAACAAAAUAAUGUCUAUACCGAAGGAAUAUUCAAACUCCUCUACGUUAAACUGUAAUUUAACUCGAACAAAAUUACUAAGCAAUUUACCGGAAUGUUCACGAUUUUCUCAACUAUACAACAGUAUAGGAUAUGAAAAUUUAAAAAAUGAUAGAUUCAUGAAAGUAGUUGACAGUUCACGCAAUGUAUUUCCUACUGUUCGUAGUUCUUGUUUUAAACAAACGGCUUCACUUCAUUCAAAUAAUCAAUCUGCAGUAUACUCAACUGCGGUACUUCGUCCUCCACGUCCACCUCAAAGAACCACAUCCUUAGUCAGAGAUCAUCAGUUUCCCAGGGCAAAUGGAGUUAAUAAUACAGAUGCAUCAUAUUCUUCACGUAGCAGUCCAUCUCGUAAUGUAAUCAGCUCUAAUCAGGAUUCAAACAGUCAGAUAUGCCCAACUACGUCUUGUUGUAAACCAUUAGAUAAUAAUAUGAAUAAUCAUUUACCCGACAAAUUAAUCGAUAAAGAAGUUAGUGGUUUAAACUCUUCAGAUAAUGACACAGUAUGGUGGUCACAUUUAUUACCUUACAAACCGUCGAAUCUACCGAGUAAUUUAGCUGAUCGUUUAAGGCAGAGAAAUAGUUUAAUUAUUUCGCGAAGUUCACCAACAACUAGAUUAUCUAAUAGUUCACUACCAACUUCAUUUCCAAAUAAUACCAAGUCAAGUAAUAAUAAUAAUAGUAAUCUACAAAAUAUAAUGAUACAAUCAAUGUAUGAACAUAGUGAUUCUGGCGACUAUACCGGGUUGCGACCUGAUAUAGCAUCUUUAUAUGGUAUACAAAAUAAGCAUGUCAAUGAUACGCGAUUAAAACAGUCCAGGCCCAUAAGUAUGCAUACAGAUUAUUCACAUUAUACUAAUAAUGCCUUCUUCCUACCGUCAUUAACCCAUUUUAAUACAACAAUUAAUUCAGAUACUGUAACUUGUUCAUCACCAUCAGCCUUAUCUUCAGCUUCAAUAUCUUCUUUACAACAACAACAACAACAACAACAACAACAAAAAACAAGAACACGACCAUCCAGUCUUUCAUUGACGUCAUCUUUUACAAAUGUUAUACCUAAAUUAAACAAUCUAAUGAAAACAAACAAGUUACACGAUGCAUUAAAUUCAUCAAAAUCCACAUCGUCAUCCUUGUCUUCGACUUCCACUACUUCUGAGACUGUGACUACUAACAAUUCACAGUCACUUCUUCAAAGCAAUACAUGCAAUAUUAUUCCGGAUUAUUUAUUAAAAUCAUGUGCACCUAGUGAUAGUCCAUUACUUGGACAAUAUUGUCGUUUAUUGUUACUUCGAACAAAUGAUGAUCGUGCUGAUAUUAUUGCUACUGAUGACCAUAUUAAUGAUUUGAAUGACGAAAUUAAUAACACCAUUUCAACACCAAUUGAAUAUUCGGUUAAAAUUACGCCAACUGCUGAAACACCUGUUACACCUGUUUAGUGCAUAUAUAUAUAUAUAUAUAUAUAUAUAUAUAUAUAUAUACUUUCUUCUCAUGUCUUUCAAAUAGUAACAUCACAAUUGAUUACAUUCGUCCCACAGACAUUUUGUCUUGUUGCAUCUUUACAAUUAAAAAAUUGUUUAUCAUAGUCAGGUAGAUAAACAUCUGUUGGCCUAAGUAAUAUUUAUACCAUUUAAAUAGUUUCUUUUCGUUUCGAACUUUUUUUAAUUUUACCAAUGUAGAAUUUAUCUACAUUAAAAAAUUACACAAAAAUCCUCAAAACAAGAGCACAGUUUCAGAAAAUCAAUGUGCUUCACUGCUGCUUAUAACAACAUGUCAAAUCAUAAUUUUAUAGCUGUUAAUGACUAACAGUGGUAUCGAAGUCACACCAUUUUGACAAACAAUGUCAUUUCUGCUAUAUGGCAAGACUCAUGGAGAAGAAUCAUAUUUAAUUAACUGUGCACGUAGAUACUUUCAAUUUUUAUGGAAGAAUAAUAAUUCUUCAUUCAAUUAUUCAACAGAUAUUUUUUAUUCACUGAGUGUUUUGAACGGCUAGUUGACUUUCUUUUAUUUCGUUUUUCAAUGCUAUCACAUCAUUUUAUUGUUUAUUUCGCAUUUUUUCCAACAUGUAUGUAACUAGACAUGUUAUGUAUCUAUGUAAAUAUACUCUUGAUAUUCAUUUAUCAAAUAUCUAAUUCUUGAUCAGGUAUUUCUUUUCCUACUAAAUGAACAAUUCAUUUUCGUAGUUUUAUCAUUUGUUAAAUAUAGUUCUAUGAUUUAAGAAAUACUCACAGCUCUUUGAAAAUAUAAACUUUUAAUUUAUUAAUUGAAUCGAAACAUGGACAAAGAUUUCUAUGUUUAUUUUUGAUUUCAUUGUAUUUAUUAUUAUAAUUAUUGUUAACACUAGCAAGUGGAAUUAUGGCUAGGUCAUUUCCCCUUGAUCUUUAUCACUAUUUCGUAAAUAAAUAAAUGCACACAAACA